GAACUAAAUGAACUGGAGGUCUGACUGCGAGGGGAGGGGGCUCGAGAUGUAAGCAGUGAAGAGAUUUCGGGGUCUUGCACUGCGCCAUUCGGCUACGGCACGCCUCAGUCCGCCGCAGCUGCAGCUGGGAGAGGCCUUGCCUUCGCCGCUCUCGCCCAGGUCUCCGCUGCCGCUACCACCUCCGUUGCGAUCUCCUCGGCCCAGCCGCGCCCCGCCCCGCGCUCCUGCUGCCUUCACCGCUGCCAACUCCUCAGCCCGAGCCUCCGCUGCCGCCACCCAAGCAUCCGUGAGUCAUUUUCUGCCCAUCUGUGGGCGCGCGGUAGUCACCACCCUAAGAGGUGUGCAGGCUUGCAAAAUGGCAGAAGCGGAUCCUAGCAGGGUCUUGGAACCUGCCGCCCAGGGGGUGGAUGAAGAGAUGGUGGCUAGCUCGUCUAGCGAUUCUGGGGAAGAAUCUGACAGCAGCAGCUCUAGCAGCAGCACUAGUUGCAGCAGCAGCAGCAGUAGUAGUGGCAGCAGCAGCAGCAGCAGUAGCUGCAGCCGCUUCUAUAGAAAGAAGAGGGUACCUGGGCCUUCCAGAAGUGCGCGGCGGGCUCCGUCGGGUAGAAGUUUCGUGGAUCAGCUGCCUCGGGCAGUUAGAAAUCGUGUGCAGGCGCUCAGAAAUAUUCAAGAUGAAUGUGACAAGGUAGACGCCCUGUUCUUAAAGGCAAUUCACGAUCUCGAACGAAAAUAUGCCGAACUCAAUAGGCCUCUGUACGAUCGGCGAUUUCGAAUCAUCAAUGCAGAAUAUGAGCCUACGGAAGAAGAAUGUGAAUGGAAUUCGGAGGAUGAGGUGUUCAGCAGUGAUGAGGAGGUGCAGGAAGAAGGCCCUAGUGAGAUGCCUGCCUUAGAGGGUGAGGAAGAAGAGGAUGCCCCGAAAGCAAAACCUGAGGUCAAGGCUGAAGAAAAUGCAGCUCCGAAAGAAAAUCCCGAGGCAAAGGCUGAAGAAAAAGCAGAGUCUAAAGAUGCUCUGGAGGCCAAGACUGAAGCAAAAGAAGAUCCGAAAGAAUCCCCCCAGGCAAAGGCAGAAGGUAAAGAGCAGCCUAAAGUAACAGAGGCUAAGGCAAGGGCUCCAGGAAAAGAGGCUCCUAAAAGAGUUCCUGAGGUCAGGCCUAAAGAAAGAGCUCUUAAAAGAGCUCGCAAGGGAAAGCCUAAAAGAGAAGAUCCUAAAGGCAUUCCCGACUAUUGGCUGACUGUCUUAAAGAAUGUUGACAAGCUGGGGCCCAUGAUUCAGAAGUAUGAUGAGCCCAUUCUGAAGUUCCUGUCCGAUGUCAGCCUGAAGUUCUCAAAACCUGGCCGGCCUAUAAGUUACACAUUUGAAUUUUGCUUUCUACCCAAUCCAUACUUCAAAAAUGAGGUGCUGACCAAGACAUAUAUAAUAAAGUCAAAGCCAGAUCACAAUGAUCCCUUCUUCUCUUGGGGCUGGGAAAUCCAAGAUUGCAAAGGCUGUAAGAUAGAUUGGAGAAGAGCAAAGGAUGUUACAGUGACAACCACCCGGAGUCGCACAACUGCUACUGGAGAAGUUGAAACCCAGCCAAGAGUGGUUCCUAAUGCAUCAUUCUUCAAUUUCUUUAGCCCUCCUGAGAUUCCUACAAUUGGAAAGCUUGAACCACGAGAAGAUGCUAUCCUUGAUGAGGACUUUGAAAUUGGUCAAAUUUUACAUGAUAAUGUCAUCCUGAAAUCAAUCUAUUACUAUACAGGAGAAGUCAACGGUACCUAUCAUGUUGGUAAAGAUUAUGGAAACAGGAAAUAUCGAAAAUAAAAAAGAGGCCGCAUGAAAGAAUUUUCAAGAAUCUCAAAUUUCAAGCAGAAGUGAAGUAGGUUUGUAUAGUCUUGGAAAAAAAAAAAAAAAACCAACCUGCCCUGUAACCUCAGCACUAGUAUUCCUCACAGUCUUGAGUUUUCGUACUUUCUUGGUAGCCUAAAAUAUUGUCUUAAAGUGUCUAAGUAUCAGUUUAUUCUAUCUAGCCUGUUGUAGUGUAAUAUUCUUCAAAAUAUGUAAACUGUUGUCAAUUAUCUAAAGCAUGUUAGUUUGGUGCUACAAAGUUUUGAUUUUUGUGAAGUCCUUUUGUCAUGUUCCUAUUAGAAUGUAGCUGUGAAAACUGUCAGAAUUGUUAACUGAGACAAAUAUUUGCUUGAAAAAAAAAAGUUCCUGAAGCAUCAAUGCAAAUAUUUUUUUUUCUUUUUCCAGCCCAGAAGACUAAGGGUUUAAAUCUGCUUGUACUAGCUGUGCCUUCAUUACUUUGCUAUAGAAAUACAAUAUUAUACUAACUAGAACAGUGCAUUGUGAAAUUUGACCGCUUGAAAAAAAUUAGCAUACAUUUAAUAAUGUCCAUCAAGACCAUAUAUGAUAUGACUGUGAACUUGUUAAUGUGCCAUAGUGGUUUAUAAAUUUAAGCAUAAUGAAGUUAUUGUUUACCACUGAGGUGUUAAUAUAACAUAGUAUUUAAAAAAAGUUUGCUCAUCUUAUCCUGUGUAACUGUAAACUAAAGGUACUAACCACAUUUUCUUUGUAAUAUGUUCUACUUUGCCUUUCACUGGAAAUGAUCACUUUACAUCAUUGGUAUUUUUUUCAUGUUCUUCUAUUACAACCUAAAAUAAAUAAAUGUCAAAGUGUAUCGUGCUAUAAAAAUCUA